AUGUCGGAGCAAGUCUCUGUUAACGACCUUCUGACGGUCAUAAUAACUACCUCAGUGACCCCAUCUGCCCCUUCAACGGAGUUGCUCGAGGCUAUCCUUGAGUCUUUCGACCGCCAUUGCCCAGCCUUGCUAUCAUGCAACGUCAUCGUGGUCUUUGAUGGCUACGACAAGAUCGUCCCGACAGCUCGUCUCAAGAAAGGACAAGUUACCCCUCAACAAGCCGAGAACUUUGCCAGCUACAAACAAAACGUAAAGAACCUCAUUCUUGGCAGAUACCAACGGCAUGGCGAGGGGUCCACCUUUACAAACACCCAUGCCAAGGCGGAAUACGGCAGCACUCGCGGGGACAACGAAGUGAGCUAUACAAUAUCACAGACAUGUGAUAAGUCGGUGACCUUCAUAGAGCCAUCGAGACGUCUUGGUUUUGGUCUUGCCGUGAGAUCGGCUUUGAGAGCCACUGAGACUCCUUAUGUUUGGGUCCAGCAACAUGACUGGGCUCUGUUAUCCGACCUACCCAUUGAGCCCAUGUUGCAAAUCAUGAAGGCUCAUGAAUCUGACCUAGAAGUACCCAUAAAGUACAUAUGCCUCGCGGCAGUUCGCAUGCUUUCAUAUGCAACGUCCAUGGACGUCGCCCGCUUCCCCGCUCUACGAAACUUGACGGCUUCUCUCACGGGCGACUUUUCUACCGCAUCAUAUCCAGAUGCCAAGGUUCCUCUGACACCGAUGUACUUUUGGCAUGAUAAGCCGCACCUUGCAUCGACUGCUCACUAUUUGAGUCGUGUCUUUCCUACACGGCUGGCUAUGUUUCGGGGAGACUUUAUUGAGGAUAAGAUUGGUCAACGGGCUCGUGCCCAGAUGAAGGAGGGCGAGUGGAAUAAAUGGGCUACGUGGCUUUACUAUCCCGAUGGUGGGAAGCAGCUCUGUCUGAGGCAUCUGCAAGGAAGAACGCGGGAGAAUGCAACAGGCCAAGCGGACAGGGCGGCUAUGUGGAAGCAGAGGAAUGAAUCGAGAGACGUGGAAAAAGAAUCUUCUGUUGUAGAGAUGAGAAUCACUUCUUUUUUAUCCUUUACCCUUCUGGCUAUCGAGCCAUGCUUUACUACGGCUCAGCGUCUCGGCACGCCUUCUUACGAAUUUCUUUAUACAGUCAAUGCAUCUUUAGGUGAGCGUUGGCCAGUCGGAGACUACGGACAGGGUAGUCGCGUUGUUAUCCCCAUCACCGGAGGCACUUUCAAUGGCCCUCGUCUAUCCGGGACUAUCAACAACCUCGGUGCGGACUGGGGUCUCACGGAUAGCAAGGGUGUCUUUUUCCCAGAUACGAGAUACAAUCUGCGCACGCACGAUGGCGCCGAUAUUUUUAUCCAAACGGCUGGUCCGACGCAACCAGAUGGUCGGACUCUGCUGAGGGGAAUAUUUCAGACAGGACACCCCGACUAUGAGUGGUUAAACUAUAUCGUGGCCAUCGGCGUGUUGCAGCGUCCUACAGGCGACCAUAAGGGCAAAUAUGUAUUGAUCGAUAUGUGGCAGGUAAGCUUACCUUGUGAAUCGCAGCAGGGCGAAGAGGAUUGCAGGGCCCGCAUUUGGGCUCAUACCGCCGAUACUUCAUGGAAUCUUGCCUCCGGAAUAAAACUCCUAGAAAUAACCGUCGUUCACUCCUAUUACUUGGCGAAUAGUCAAGAAUCUUCUCCUCUAUGGAGACGUCGGAUAAUAUCCACAAUUCCGACAUCGAAGCUCGGAGCAUUUUACACCGUAUGUCGGGUCUACACAAUCAUGGUGUCUCAAAUUGUCAUGAACCUCUCCUCUCUUCUCUUUCCCUCUUUGUUACAGGGAUCUCAUGUGUUCUCUGAAACCGGCGUCGACUUUGCUACCAGGUGCGCCGAUUUCGCGACGUCACUCCAACUGCCAGACACUAAAGUUUGGUUCACCCAACAUGUAUCGCCUGGCACCAAAAUCACCUUCCCGGACAACCAUGAAACCUGUCGGCGACCUGAGCAGGUAGUCGACGUUGAGUUGUGCCGCAUCGCCAUGUCGGUUGCCACAUCUCCCAUCUCGAACAUCAGCUUUGAGGCUUGGCUUCCUUCCAACUGGACGGGUCGGUUUUUAAGCACUGGUAAUGGGGGUAUGUCUGGGUGUAUCCAAUAUGAGGACAUAGCCUAUGGCGUAGGACUCGGUUUCGCAACUGUCGGUGCGAACAACGGUCUCAAUGGUACAUCGGCCCUUCCCAUGUUUCACCACCCUGAGGUGGUAGAAGACUACGCCUAUCGCUCCGUACACACUGGCGUUGUCGUUGGGAAGCAGGUCACCAAGCAGUUUUACGGUCAAGACCAUACCAAGUCUUAUUAUCUGGGAUGUUCUACUGGUGGUCGCCAGGGAUUCAAGGAAGCCCAGGACUUUCCGGAGGACUUUGAUGGUAUCGUUGCUGGAGCUCCUGCAUUCGCUUUCGGAGGUCUCAUGUCCCGCUCUGCGAGCUUUUGGGCCAUUGACGGACCUCCCGGCUCUCCUUCAUAUCUCAGCCUUGAUGACUGGGACAUGGUCCACAACGAUGUGCUCACGCAGUGCGAUCGUUUGGAUGGAGUUGAAGACGGCGUCAUUGAAGACCCCAACCUCUGCCAAUAUCGACCGGAAUCUCUCAUUUGCGCAGAAGGACAAACUGAAAAGUGUCUGACUGCGCAUCAAGCUGAGGCUGUUCGACGCAUCUUUUCUCCCUUGUUCGGAUCUGACGGAAACUUUAUCUAUCCCAGACUUCAGCCCGGAGGCACUCAUGGCUUUCAUUAUGUCGUUAACGACAAUCCGUUCCCCUAUUCUACGGAAUGGCUCAGAUAUGUCAUCUACGAGAACGCAGACUGGGAUCCCAGCACGACCAACACCAAAGACUACGAGGCAAUGAUUGAGAAGAACCCCUAUAAUGUCCAAACGUGGAAGGGAGACCUCUCCGGGAUUCGGGACCGUGGGGCCAAGAUUCUGCACUACCACGGUCUUCAAGAUGGCAUGAUCAGUAGCGAAAUUUCUCAGAUUUACUACGACUACGUCUCGCGGACGAUGGGCCUGGGCAGCACAGAGCUGGACAAGUUCUAUAGGCUCUUCCGCAUUAGCGGCUGCGGACACUGCGCUUGGGGCGAUGGAGCCUCGCAUAUUGGAUCGAAGCUGAUUAAUAUCGGUGGGUUGGAUCCUGAGAGCAACUUGCUUCUCGCCAUCGUGAGAUGGGUAGAAGAGGGUAUCCCACCAGAGACCAUCAUGGGAUACCGAUACGUGGAUGGGGAACGAGAGAAGGGAGUUGAUUACAAGAGACGACACUGUAGGUAUCCUUAUAGGAACGUGUGGGAUCGUGCUAGUGACCCGAAGGAUCCGGACAGCUGGAGUUGUCAGCUGUGA